AUGAUUUUAGAAUGGGAUCGGUUAAAAUUAAGAAAUUCUUUGUAUCUAAACAUAAUUCUUUUGAAAUUGGGCGGAUGUUGGUGGCCUGAAACUGAAAAUCGAACAACCCAAAAGCUCUACACUUGUUAUUCUGUUUUAUUUUUGCUGAGUACGCUCGUUUUGUAUUCGAUUUCAGAGAUUAUUUACAUUUUUCACGUCUUGGAUGAUCUAGAAGAACUUACGAGUUGUCUCUUUUUAUUUUUUACUCACGCAGUACAAAUGAUAAAAAUUCGCGUGUUUCUUAUACAACAAAAGGAUAUUAAAAAAUUUCUAAACGAAAUGGACGACGAACUUUUCAUGCCUCGAUACCACGAGCAACAAGAAUUAAUGAAAACUUCCAUUAAGAGAUACAAGAUUGUUUAUGCAAUUUUUCAAUUUACCGGGAUUGCGACGUGUGUGUUAUGGGCAGUUUUGCCAUUUUUGGAACGAAAACAAGGCGAAAAUAUUUCUUUACCUCUUCGGGGGUGGUAUCCUUUCGACGUAGAUCGUUACCCGACGCUUCAAAUAAUCCUGUGUUUUCAAAUUAUCUUAGUUACUAUUUCUGCGAUACUAAACAUUAACAUCGAUGCGACGGUUGCGAGUUUUAUGAGAUUUUUUUGCAACCAAUUCGAUUUAUUAAACGACUCAUUAGAACAUAUUAAAAGGCGAUGCGAAAACGAUAACGACCACGAUAAAAAUCUUCAAACCAAAAUGGAUCUUGAAUUAGAAAGGAUCGUUCGACAUCAUUUAUUGAUUUUAAGCAUGAUUCAAAAAUUCUUUAAUCUGUUCAGCGUAGUCGUCUUUGUUCAAGUUGGUAUUACUGUUUUAACUAUGUGUAUGUCAAUGUUUAAAUCAACGAGCGUUCAAAUUGGGGGAAUUCAAUUUAUGUCAAUGAUUAUGUACCAACUUUGUAUUUUAAUACAAGCUUUUCUUUAUUGUUGGUACGGAAAUGAAAUUAUGUUGAAGAGUGGGUUGAUACCGUUAUCGGCUUUUAAAAGCGAUUGGACGGAUUGCUCGCAACAAUUUAAAAAAAACCUUUUAUUUGUAAUGAUGAGAACUAGAGUUCCAGUUAAAUUAUACGCAGCUGGAUUGGUGACCUUAUCAGUUGAAAAUUUUACUUCGAUUCUUAGGACAUCGUAUUCUUGUUUUGCCGUGCUUCAUAGAGUACAAGAAAAUAAUUAA